AUGAAGUCUGCUUUUCAUCCCUUGUUGAUCCUGUUCCUGGUGGUGAUUACUCAAUCCACCAAUGCCUCUACUAAUACUGGCUAUGGAGGAUACCAACCUCCAUCAUCUACACCGCCGCCAACUCCGACGUACUCUUCCCCGCCUCCGCCAACUCCGUCCUAUCCUUCACCUCCGGUGGUUGUGAAACCACCUACACAUAAACCACCUAAGACACCACACUAUCCAUCGCCACCCACUAAGAAGCCUACUCCAACUCCGUACUAUCCAUCCCCACCAGUUGUGGUAAAACCGCCACCUAAGACACCAUAUUAUCCAUCGCCGCCAGUUGUGGUGAAACCACCUCCAAAGACACCAUACUAUCCAUCACCACCCACAGAGAAGCCAACUCCUACUCCAACUCCGUACCGUCCACCAGUUGUGGUGAAACCACCUCCUAAGACACCACAAUAUCCCUCGCCGCCAGUUGUGGUGAAACCACCUCCUAAGACACCACACUAUCCAUCGCCACCCACUAAGCCUACUCCUACUCCAACUCCGUACCGUCCACCAGUUGUGGUGAAACCACCACCUAAGACACCACAAUAUCCCUCACCACCAGUUGUGGUGAAACCACCUCCUAAGACACCAUACUAUCCAUCCCCUCCUACUAAGAAGCCUACUCCAACUCCAACUCCGUACCGUCCACCAGUUGUGGUGAACCCACCGCCUAAGACACCACAAUAUCCCUCGCCACCAGUAGUGCCUACUCCAACUCCAUACAGUCCACCAGUUGUGGUGAAACCACCGCCUAAGACACCACACUAUCCAUCACCGCCAGUAGUGGUGAAACCACCUCCAAAGACACCAUACUAUCCAUCGCCACCCAUUGAGAAGCCUACUCCAACACCGUACAGUCCAUCGCCGCCAAUUGUGGAGAAACCACCGCCUAAGACACCACACUAUCCAUCGCCGCCCGUUGUGGUGAAACCGCCCUCCAAAGACACCACACUAUCCAUCGCCCCCACUGAGAAGCCUACUCCAACUCCGUACUAUCCAUCCCCGCCAGUUGUGGUGAAACCGCCGCCUAAGACACCACACUAUCCAUCGCCGAAGCCUACUCCAACUCCGUACCAGCCUACUCCAACUCCGUACCGUCCAUCACCACCUGAUCAUUUGGGGAAACCGCCAGUUGAUGAUGAUGUGAAAACCACCACCUCAUAA